AUACAGUCAAGAUGUUUCUUGAGGAAUGCAUGAACGGGAUAAAAAACGGGAAUAGAUCGGGUACUUAUUUCAAUAAGACUGCAUGCCAAAAUAUAUGUAAGAGGCUUUUGGAACGAACAGGUAAAGAUUUGGACAGAAAUCAAAUGAAAAACAAAUGGGACAUUACGUAGAAUGAGUUCGAAUAUUAUGACCAUUUAACAAUACUAUAAAUGGGAAUUUCAAUUGAUUCCGUAAGAAACAUAAUCACAGCAUCAAAGGAAUGGUGGGAUGAGAAAAUACAGGAUACUGUAGCUGUUGGAGACAAGGCUAAGGUACCUUGCGAAUUUUAUGACAGUAGCACUCUGGAUGAUGUACAGUUUGUGGAUAUUACGGAUGGAAAAGAUGCUACUGACGAAGUCCUCUUAUUUGAUGAUGUUGAUCCUUUUCUCACAUACGAUAGUUCUAGAGCACUCACCCCUCAAGACAAACCACACACUCACCAACGAAAGAAGAUUGCAUGGCAAUUGCCUACUUUCCCGGGUUUUGAAGAAGGCUUAAUAGGAUAUUUGGAAGAGUUGGAGGUCUUUUUAAAGAAGCCAGCUCGUCAGAAUUUUAUGGUUCCAAAGACUAAUGAAACAAAGAUGGAGUUUCUCAAGAGGCUUAUAGAGAAAAAGAAGUAG